CAUACCUAAAUUAAACCGUCGAAAUCCUGCCUUUUUCCUUAGUUUGUCCCUCGAAUUCCUUCUUUUCUUUCCCAACUCCUCUUCCCUCUUCCCUCAACACUCCCUCCGGGCCAUAGCCCGUACCACUCCGUCACAAAGUCGGUGCGAUUCCGGUGAGCUGUUGGUCUAAGCGUUCCUCCGCCAACGACUGCACUUCGGCGAGAGCAUCUCCAAGUUGAGGAAUGGAGGUUGAAUGCGACCAUUAUGAUGUUUUGGGGCUGCCAUCUGGUGAGGAAGGUGCCAAGCUUUCAGAACAAGAAAUAAAUAAAGCAUAUCGAUCAAAGGCCAGGGAACUGCAUCCAGACAAGAGGCCUGAUGAUCCCAAUGCACAUGCUGAUUUUCUAAAGCUUAAAACUUCGUAUGAAGUUCUCAAAGAUGAAAAGGCUAGGAAGCUAUUUGAUGAUCUACUCAGAGUGAAAAGGGAGAAGCUUCUUCGACAAGGACAACAAGAUUCAAAGCGCCGAAAAAUGAUGUCAGAUCUUGAAGAAAGGGAGCGAUCUGCUUUCACUCAAGUCGAUCCCACCUUGAAAGCUAAAGAGGAGGAAGAGAGGAUAUCUCGAAAACUCAAGGAUGAGAUAGCUAGAAUCCGGGCAAUGCAUGCUAAGAAAAUGCCAACUGCUACAGCACAGUCCAAGGAAGAGAGACCAGAAAGGGAAAAAGAUAACAAGAAUAGCGGAGGCAAUGCAUUGGAUAAGCAAAAGAUUCUUAAAGUUUCGUGGGAGAAGACGGGUGGGGAUUACACUGCACAGGAACUUCGGGAAAUAUUUGAGAAAUUUGGUACUGUCGAGGAUGUAGUCAUCAAGAGUACCAAGAAGAAAGGAUCAGCACUUGUAGUAAUGGCAAAUAAAGAAGCAGCUGGUGCAACUACCGGGCAUGUCUUGGGCGAUCUUUCAAAUCCUCUUCUAGUUUUGCCUCUCCAACCAGCUACAGCUUCAUCGCCGGCUAUUUUUGGCGCCGAGAGAAAGGAGGCCGAUCAUCCGAAAUUGGACAAUCUGGUUGGUGCUGGAUAUCAGGCAUUUGAAGAUUCGGUGCUGGAGAAACUAAAAAAGGCUGCUAAGGAGAAAAAGUGAAGCGCCGAAACAGUUUGGGAGAUUGAUCAUUGCAUUGAAAUCAAAGCAUGUCCAGAGAAGUAGAAAAUUGGAGUAAAUCACAUAGCAAUCAAUGCCUGUUCUACAUACUACCUUAAAUUUUUGCAGUUGAAAUUGGACAAGGAUGCAAAACCUUGUCGAGGAACAGAUUCAGAGUUAUUCAAUCUUGUUCUUGUCCUCUCUUGUAAUGUUAUUAAGGUAGAUCCUUUUGUAAAGUAACAGCUUCUCCAUACUCUUAAAACUUUAUUUCAGUAUUUCUUUCAUGAUCA